AUGAUGGGUAUUGGUAAAAACACUACAUCCAAAUCCAUGGAGGCUGGGAGCUCAUCGGAAGGCAAAUACGAAGACGAAGCAAAGCACCCUGCUUUCUUCACCCUCCCGGUGGUGAUAAAUGGAGGCGCCACGUCCAGUGGUGAACAGGACAAUGAAGACACAGAGCUCAUGGCGAUCUACACAACGGAAAACGGCAUUGCAGAAAAGAGCUCUCUGGCCGAGACCUUGGAUAGUACUGGCAGUCUAGACCCCCAGAGAUCGGACAUGAUUUACACCAUAGAAGACGUCCCUCCGUGGUACCUGUGCAUAUUUCUGGGGCUGCAGCACUACCUGACCUGCUUCAGCGGCACCAUCGCGGUGCCCUUUCUGCUCGCCGACGCCAUGUGUGUCGGGUACGACCAGUGGGCCACCAGCCAGCUCAUUGGGACCAUUUUCUUCUGUGUGGGAAUCACAACUCUGCUGCAGACAACGUUUGGGUGCAGGUUACCCCUGUUUCAGGCCAGUGCUUUUGCAUUUCUGGCCCCUGCUCGAGCCAUCCUGUCUUUAGAUAAAUGGAAAUGUAACACCACAGAUGUUUCGUUUGUCAAUGGAACCACGGAGCUGCUGCACACGGAGCACAUCUGGUACCCCCGCAUCCGCGAGAUCCAAGGGGCCAUCAUCAUGUCCUCGCUGAUAGAAGUGGUCAUCGGCUUCCUGGGCCUGCCUGGCGCGCUGCUGAAGUACAUCGGGCCCCUGACCAUUACGCCCACGGUGGCCCUCAUUGGCCUCUCCGGCUUCCAGGCGGCAGGAGAGCGAGCGGGGAAGCACUGGGGCAUCGCCAUGCUGACAAUUUUCCUUGUAUUACUGUUUUCUCAAUAUGCCAGAAAUGUUAAAUUUCCCCUCCCAAUUUACAAGUCCAAGAAAGGAUGGACUGCAUACAAGUUACAGCUUUUCAAAAUGUUUCCUAUCAUCCUGGCCAUCCUCGUGUCCUGGCUGCUCUGCUUCAUCUUCACAGUGACAGAUGUCUUCCCUCCCGACAGCACCAAGUAUGGCUUCUACGCUCGAACAGACGCCAGGCAGGGUGUGCUGCUGGUGGCCCCGUGGUUUAAGGUCCCAUACCCCUUUCAGUGGGGCCUGCCCACCAUCUCUGCGGCUGGUGUCAUUGGCAUGCUCAGCGCCGUGGUCUCCAGCAUCAUCGAGUCUAUCGGGGACUACUACGCCUGCGCAAGGCUGUCCUGUGCCCCGCCGCCGCCCAUCCACGCCAUAAACAGGGGGAUUUUCGUGGAGGGUCUCUCCUGUGUGCUCGAUGGCAUAUUUGGUACUGGGAAUGGCUCUACUUCAUCCAGUCCCAACAUUGGAGUUUUGGGAAUUACUAAGGUUGGCAGCCGCCGGGUGAUCCAGUAUGGGGCCGCCUUCAUGCUGGCCUUGGGCAUGAUCGGCAAGUUCAGCGCCCUCUUCGCCUCCCUCCCGGACCCUGUGCUCGGUGCCCUCUUCUGCACGCUCUUUGGAAUGAUCACAGCCGUUGGACUCUCUAACCUGCAGUUCAUUGAUUUAAACUCUUCCCGGAACCUCUUUGUGCUUGGAUUUUCCAUCUUCUUUGGACUUGUCCUUCCAAGUUACCUCAGACAGAACCCUCUUGUCACAGGGAUAUCAGGCAUUGACCAAGUGCUGAACGUUCUCCUCACGACGGCCAUGUUUGUAGGAGGCUGUGUGGCUUUCAUUUUGGAUAACACCAUCCCAGGUACCCCGGAGGAAAGAGGCAUUCGGAAAUGGAAGAAGGGCGUGGGCAAAGGGAGCAAGUCGCUUGAUGGCAUGGAGUCCUAUGAUCUGCCAUUCGGCAUGAACGUUAUUAAAAAAUACAAAUGCUUCAGCUACUUACCCAUCAGCCCCACCUUUGUGGGCUACACGUGGAAAGGCCUCGGGAAGAGCGCCGGCAGCCGGAGUCCCGACAAGGACUUGCAGGCCACGGUAUAG